GGCACGGCACCAUGUCCCGGCCGCCCCUCGGCCCUCAGCGCGGCACACGCGCGCCCGGCCCCCGUCUAUGAUCCCCCUCGGCGGCCGCUGCCGCGACGGUACCUUCGAGGCGAGGGAAGCCGUCGUGUCCCGUCCCCCCCUGCCUUGAUCCCCCCCUCUUUGUUUUUCGGUGGAGGCCCGGCGCGGAGCUCUCGCUGCCCGCCGCGCGAGGAGCGGGGGGGUCCCGCCUCCACUCCUACCCGUGGCCCCUAAGGGAGAGGGGCCCGGGGGCUGCUCGGAGCUUGGGCUGGGAGCGGAGUCGGCGCGGCGCAGCGGCUGUGACUGUUUCUCUUCUGUCAUUUGUGUGGAAAGUGCCACACACACUCCAGAACAACAACGGCUUUUGCUUGCAUAUUCCAGUGUUUCUUUUGUCAGCGAGUUCAGCAAAGUUGUAAUUCUUCAAGUGCCAGCCCUGAGCUGAGUGAGGAGCCACCAGCAGAGAUGGUAAAAAUGACAAAAUCAAAAACGUUCCAGGCUUACCUGCCAAACUGUCAUCGAACCUACAGCUGUAUCCACUGCAGAGCCCAUCUCGCCAAUCACGACGAAUUGAUCUCCAAGUCCUUCCAGGGAAGCCAGGGACGAGCCUACCUCUUCAAUUCUGUGGUAAAUGUGGGCUGUGGUCCAGCAGAGGAGAGAGUUCUUCUGACAGGUUUACAUGCUGUAGCAGAUAUCUAUUGUGAAAACUGUAAAACCACUCUUGGAUGGAAAUAUGAACAUGCUUUUGAGAGCAGUCAGAAAUACAAAGAAGGAAAAUUUAUCAUUGAACUUGCCCACAUGAUAAAAGACAAUGGCUGGGAGUGAACCACAACCUUUUUCCUUCUGUUUGGACUAUACUCUGUGGAACAGGCUUUACAAAGACUAAUACAAAGUAAAGGAAGAGCUUGGCUAGAGUGGCCCUGAGAAUAUCACUGAACUCUGAAACCUCACAAAUGAGUAGUGUAGUGUAAGUGGCUAUUUCAGGCCAUGUUUGCCUUUUCUCCUUGUGUAAGUUCCCUCUUUUUGUACGUGUAUUAUUGUGUGAACAGUUGUUUUGGAACAUUUUGGAUGACCUUUUUCUAAACUCUCUCAGACUAGAGAAACAGUUGACUAAUUGAAAACAGAUUUUACUGGUUAGCAUCUCUCUGACCUAUGCCUUUAAUGCUACUUCUGCUGUGCAUGCUUCUUGCCUAAACACCUACACUCCAGUCCUGUAGAAGUUCUGUACCUGAGCAGUCUGAAAGAAUGUAUGGGAUGGGGUGCUUUUUUUAUAUGUAGCAAUUUCUGAUGUGUUUGGCAGUGAAGAGGAUGCAGUAUUGUAGUUAUAAAUUUCUUUUUUCAAUUUGAGUGUACCACAACCUAUGUACAUCUUGUAGGUGAAUUGGUUAAAGGUACAGUGCUCACUUCAAAAAAUAUUUCAAUUGCACUGACUGAGGUUAGCAGGUCUCAAGUUGUUAGGAAAGGGUAUGCCAGAGGUUUGGUAUCUUAAUAAAAUAACAUAGAAAGAUUUUAAAUCCAUAAUGCUAUAGGAUAUGUUCCUCUGAGACCAGCAUAUUCCCAAAGGAGUUUGCUGGUUUAAAAAAAACUUAUAAAACUAUAGCUUGCAAGAUUUAAAAGACAGAAAAAUAUAUGCAUCUUCUAUUUUGGAAAAAAAAAUUAGUUGGUAUAUUAGGAAAAAACAAAGUUUUGGUACUGUACCUUUGCCAGUAACAGGGACUUGUGCAUCAGUAAAUUUUUAUGGCUGGUUCCAUUUACAUGUGUAGUCCUAAUGCACUGGACAAAGAGGUUGUUGUCAAAGAAACUUGCUGAAGUCUUCUGCUUCUGCUACAUUUGAACAAAAAUAUUUAUUUUUGUGAGAAAUGGCCAGAGCCUAUGACAUGAAAAUUAAUAUAGUACCUAUAGGAAAAGGAGGAGUAAUAAGAAGGAAGGGAAUUCUGACUUGUUUUUUCAUAAAAUAAAAUAGCAAGAUAGUUUUUAAAAUUCGGGGGUGGGGAAAAAGGUUUCCUGGUUUGCUGGCUAAAUCAUCCCCAAGUAUCUUUUUAUAAUAAAAAUUUGUAUGAAACUCA